AUGGGUCGUGAUGACCUUUCUAUGGAUUCAUCACCUGAAUUCAAUGCACUUGCCGAGGUAAUCAUGACAGGAAAAGGUCUUAGAAUGCUAGAAAAUGGUAAUUAGGCUCAGAAUCUUUCUUGAUUCUUGUGAACGAGAUAGAGAAGUUAGUGUAGCUUCACAUUUAUGAGAAUGGUUGACCAGAAACGUGUUGAAUAUUGGUUCUUUCUCACCAUAGAAACCUUGGCCAGGUCUCUCUAUUCAUUAACAAGUCACAAUGGUGACCGAUGUAAACAGAAUACUGUUAGAACAAUAGCAAAAGCAUUAACAAACAAACAAACUUUAUUAGCAAUUUUCUAUCUCAAACGAUUCCUUGUUGUCGUCUUUUUGUCAAAAGAAGGAUGCGCACGCAAUAAGGAGAACAUGGACAAAAUUUUCCCCAGUCAUUAUUAAUUGCAUAGAACAAAAUAUUAAACUUAAGAUAAUUCUCUUAGGUGAAAUCAAUGUUCAUUUCAACUGAGUAAACAUAUAUCAAAUAACAAAACUGACUAAUGCUGAUGGACACGAAACGUUGGUUAUGAUCACAAUCAACGUUAAUGUGUAAGCACUGAAUGCGUUCACAUUCGUCAUAAACAACAACUGUAACUCAUUAAUUCCGAGGUGUCUCCUUUGAAUAGGCAAAAUAGUCUGACAUUUGUCAGGGUAAAAUCUGUAAAAAGUCACUAUUGCGCAUUCUACGUUAAACAAACAGUAAGAGUAACAAAGAGUUAUUACAAAACAUGCCACUGGGAAGUAAGUGCUAUUUAAACAAACAUCAACAAGUAUAUGACUGAGACUAAAACGAACACAAGACUUAGUGUCAUCGAGUAAAAUGGCACUGCGUGCAUUCACAGUUGACAUAAACGGCAACUUUUUACCGAUACCAUUACAAUAAUUCUUAUGAAGUCAAGUGUACACAAUAAAUAUUAUAAUAUUUAUAAUUUUAACUGCAAAUGAGGGAACUUCCUCACAUAAGUCUAGUAGUCUAUUUGAGGUACUCUUGCCACUAAUUAGUGUAUAGGAAAUGUUUUCUAAUUAUUAUGAAUAACAUAUGAAUUAAAAAUCGUAUUGAAAUAUCAUAGUAUCAUACAACAAAGGGGUGCCAGUGAGAGAACGCAACAUUCAAGGACAAGUUUAGGUUGAAAAAAUGCAGAGCAAUCCAAUUUUUAUACAAUAUUGUCUUUAUGAAACAGAUUUCCAAGGUAUAUUUCCUCGUCCGUAAAUGCAAUGCUGAAAUCCUGUCCUAGAUAUCAAUUUCUUAUCUUUAUGCCAAUUAGGAUAACACCGUACCAAGUACAUACUAUAAUCCCUGCUACUCCACAACAUAUAUAAGUAAGUUCAAUGUUGCAAAUAAGUUUUCCUUACUUAAAAAGGGCAAAUGUUCCUUACUUUUGAAGUGUGGACGUCUUGUAUUCUAUAGCAUACACCUUUAUUGAUAUCUGACGGGCUCUACCAGCAACUAAGCUACUCGCUACAUCUAGUUACAAUCUCGGCCUUUAUAGGUAGGGUUGAGGAUCUAGAACAUUCCGUAACAUUACAACAGAUUCUAUUUCUUUAUUGAUUCAGGGAUGACUCAGCAAGAAACAGCCACUUCUAGAACAUUCUUGAAGGUCACACUACAUCCUCUCUUCAUUACAAAGACUGACGAACAAUUCAUGAAGGAAAUCACGAGAAAUCACAUUGCCUAUUGCAGUCUAUUAAAUGUCUCCAAGGUUUUUUAAACAGAAAAAAGUCUAUACUUUGAGUUUGGCUUGACUUGUCUCUGUGAUCUUCUUACACCUUGUCGAAUUUUUACUGGUUCUGAUUUUGAUUUAUUUUUUUAAUGUCACUCCACUGCAUUUGUCCUGUUUCAUCGUUGACUCCAGGUAUUUCUGUGGACUUUGGCUGUAGGGCAGUUGGCAAGGCUGCAUCUGACUGUGUGGGUGGGCCCAUAGGAAAGUCUAAAGAAGGGUCUGUAACAAUGACUUUGGGCGUUGUCAUUUCUCUGUUUUUUCUGAUGUGACACUGACUCCUGUACUCACAGCCAUCGGCCUUCACUAUGUAAGAUCUCUCAGAUUCUCUUCUGACCACACUUCCUUGUGUCCACAGGGGUGAUGACUGAGGCCUGAUCUUGGAGCGAAUACUAUCUCCCACAACAAGCGGGGGUAGCAGCGUUGCUUUCUUAUCAUGGUAUCUCUUGUUCUGUUGCUUCUUCUUAACUGAAGCUCGUCUGAUGCUUGAGGUUGGUAUGACGUGGGAUUCCAGUAACUCUGAUUAAGAAAAAAAAAUCACAUUUAGGACUAUGGCACCUCCCAGAAGGUUGAAAAGACCUAGUGCCAAUAAAUGAUAACACGGUUGAGACUUGUUCCUGAAAAAUAUUUUUUUCUUAAUUUUUGACUUAAAUUUAGGACUAGAUAUUUAUUAAGAGUAUAGCUAGACUUGAAAUCUCUUUUCGGUGUAAAGUAAAGUAAGAAUCAGGCUUUUUCUGCCUGUUGUGGUUUUCAUAGCCUGGUUUUGUGUUUUUCGACGGAUAAAUUACACAAUAAAACUAGCUACCUUCCCUCUACUCAUUUUUUCAAUUCGUUUACGAAUACGGCAGUAUUCAAAACUAAAUUAAAUACUACUUACCUUCUCAAGAUCGGAAUCAGACGAAUUAGCCAUCUUGCUCACAACUACACAUGUUCGUACUUUGAGCCCGCAAUAAAACUAGCAGCGGUCUACAAAUAAGCGCUAGAGGAAACAGUCGCGCCAGGAAAAAAAGGUCGCGCGAGCGAAAAAAGGUCGCGCUGGCAAAAAAAUCUUCUUCAUUUGUAAGAUUGUGGACUCGGUAUCAGUGUCAUUCAGUUGCUCUAAGUCCCAGUAUUUUGUGAGAUUAUCCACAACUACCAAGUCGACGUCUUUCUUCACACUGAAAAGAUCAGUACCGACUAUUUGCUGCCAUCUCUUUGGGAUAGGCUGGCUCUGCAUGGUUUCUCUAGGUUAAUCUGGCUUAGCUUCCUGACAUGGAACAGUUAUCGUAGAGAUAUUUGAUAUCAUGAUGAAUCCAUGGCCAAUACAAUAUAUCUCUUGCAUGUCUCAUGCAUCCUUCUGCUCCUAGGUGAGUGGAGUGUGUUUUUUCUAACAUCUGUGAGUGCAUAGCUGUGAGAAUGAGCACUCUCGUUCCUCUGUAGAUUAUUCCAUCCUGAACUGCUAGUUCAUCUCUAUACGGCCAAUAGUCUUGGACAUUGGGCGGUACUUGCGUCUUGUCCUCAGGCCAUCCGUUUGCUAUAAGUUCAGCUAAGGUCAUGAGAUUUGCUGUUGCUACUUUGGGAAGGGUUGCAUCUGUCAUAUUAUGAAAGAUAUUUGGAUCUGUUCCUUCGAUCUCUUUCAUUAGAAGUUCUGCGUGAAUUGUAAAUACUUCAUAAUCCCUUAUUUCCUUCUUUUGCGUUUGGCCAUUUGGGAAGGCAGAUCUUGACAGAUGAUCACUUAUGUACAUCUGGGUUCCCUUUUUGUACACAAUAUUCAGGCGGUACUUUUGCAGUCAUAGCAUCAUGCCUUGUAACCUCUUGGGCACGCUGUUGAUACUUUGGCAAGUAUGGUUUCUAGAGGCUUAUGAUCUGUGACUGCUGUAAUCUUUUCUCUUCCAUGGAGAUAGUGGUCAAAUCGUGUACAACCAAACACCAGUGCAAGUCAUUCCUUCUCAAUCUAAGAGUAACGUCUCUCAGUCUCAGUCAUAGUGCGACUAGCAAAUGCCACUGGUCUGCCAGCUUGAAGUAGAACAGCUCAUAGUCCACAGUCACUUGCAUCUGUCUCAAUUGUUACUUCUUCCUCCAAGUCAUAGUAAGGGAGUAGUGGCGGUUCUGAGAUCAGCCGAGUCAACUUGUUGAAGGCAUCUUGGUGAACUUUCGACCAAAUGAAUUGGUUUUGCUUCUUGGCUAGGUUUCUGAGAGGUUCAGAUACGUUGGAUAGCUGAGAUAAAAUUUUGCCCAGAUAAUUGAUCGUUCCAAGUAGUCUUCUCACUUCAGUCUUACUGCGUGGUCUCGACAUCUGAGUGAUGGCUUCAACUUUGGCUGGAUCUGGUAAAAUACCCUCAGAAGUCAAGAUAUGACCACAGUACUUCAACUUCUGUUGUUUGAAGACAGGCUUGUCCUUGUUCAGUUUGAAGUUUCACUCCCUGCAUUUCUGUAGCAAUGCAAUCAGAUUUCUGUCAUGGUCUGCCAAGGCUUCCUCAUGGGUUUUUCCCGUUCCAGUUACUAACAGGUCAUCAGCUAUAGCAGGUACGCCUUCCACGCCCUCAAUAAUUUCAUUGACAUGUCUCUGAAAUUCUUCUGGUGCACUACAUAUGCCAAAGGGCAUCCUAAGCCACUUGUAUCUAACAAAAGGAGUGUAAAAUGUUGUUAAUUGUUACAGGAAAAGUUACUGAUUUUGUUUGGAACAUAUUUACUCUUAAACUUUCAAAUUUAACCAUUUCCAAUUUAUUUGAGUUCAUUUGAGUCCUUUCAUUUUAGUAAAUCAAAAAAAUGUAUAAAAACCACAGUAGCUUUUGGAAUAGAUUUUGCUUGUUACUCGCUUUCAUUAUGCACCUGCAUGUCAGCACUUUUGUUAUUUUUUACUGUUUUUUUUUUAGGUAAAUAUAGGGGUUAAUGGUCUUUCUGGAAAAAUUGGUCCUCAUGAUAGUUAGCAGCUGAGUUUAUACUCGUAACUUUAAUUUCUUUUCAUACGAUAGUUUCCAAACCAACCUUGCAUAUAUAAGCAGAAACUUUUAAUUUCUUUUCCGUUUUUAUUUCCUAAGCUGCCCUGCUGUAAUUAAGAUAGGUAGGAUUUUCUAUACCAGAGCUGUGAAUUUGCACCUAAGUUUCCUACUUAGGCCUUGAGUUUAUUGUAUCCGUCCUUUUAAUUUUGAGAUUAUUUUCGUUGUAGAAACAGAUGGAAUGCCUAAGUAG